AUGGCUCAACCCCCAGGUUUUGUUCAUCCCCAAUUCCCUACUCAUGUUUGCAAGCUUAGCAAAUCUCUUUAUUGUCUUAAGCAAGCACCAAGGGCUUGGUACAACAAGCUUCAUCAGUUUCUCUUCACAGUUGGCUUUACAAUAACUAAAACUGAUGUUUCUUUAUCCAUCUACACUCAUGGAGAUAUCGUUGCUUACCUCUUGGUUUAUGUAGAUGACAUUGUACUCACAGGAAACAACAUUUCCUUCAUUGAUUCAUUUGUUCGAGCUCUUGGCAGUGCCUUCUCCAUAAGAGACCUCGGUCCACUUCACUAUUUUCUUGGUGUUCAGGUGCAUCGCGACAACACUGGCAUUUGGCUCUCCCAGUCCCAGUAUAUUCAUGGCAUCCUCACUAGGGCUCGCAUGCUUCAUUGCAAACCUCUCAGCACUCCUAUGGCAACCAAUGUGAAGCUGUAUAAGGGUGACAGCUCCUCCUUCGUUGACCCAAGUCUUUAUAGACAGCACACUAAAUUGGUGGCAUUUUUUAUUUCAAAAGCUUCUAAUCUUCAGUUGCAGGCAUUCCCUGACUCUCAAUGGGCUGGCAGUAUUGAUGAUCGCAAGUCUACAGGUGGUUAUGCUAUAUGCUUUGGUCCAAAAUUAAUCUCCUCGUCCUCAAAGAAACAACGGACAGUGGCUAGAUCAUAUACGGAGUCUGAGUACAAAGCAUUCGCAGAUGCUGCUGCUGAACUGACAUGGAUUCAAUCAUUGAUGCUUGAGCUAGGUAUCCAUCUCUCUUGUGCUCCUAUUCUCUGGUGCGACAAUAUAGGUUCUAUGUACCUGUCCAUUAAUCCCAUUUUCACUCUCGUACCAAGCAUGUAG